AUGGACGACACCCGUGACCAGUCGACCGAGUACAUUGUCAUCAUCGUCGUGCUGACCAUUUUCGCCUCCAUCUUCGUCGCCGCCCGGUUGUGGACUCGCAUCUUCAAGACUCAGGCGUUUGGUUUGGACGAUGGCUUCAUCAUCGUCGCCUGGGCCGCGACAAUAUCGACGACCGCCCUGGGCAUCGCAAGCGCGGCGAACGGCUAUGGAAAGCCCAUCCUGACGAUCCCUCCGGCGCACAUACCAGAAGCCAUGAAAUUCUCGAACUUCGGGAUCCUCACCAACGGCGUCGCCAUGGGCACGAUGAAGCUGAGCAUCGGCUUUUCCAUGCUCCGGAUCCAACUGGCCAGGACCUUCACCGUCAUCGUCUGGUUCACGAUGGUGCUUUCCGUGCUGGUCAACAUGAACGUGCUCAUUGGCUGCUUCAAGAGCUGCACCCCCAUGGAAAAGAUCUGGAACCCGAUGAUCGACGGCACCUGCUGGCCAAUUAGUGUUAACGUGGCCCUGGCAUACCUUCAGUCUGUCGGCAACAUCCUUACCGAUCUCUUACUCACCUUCGGCCUUCUGGUUUGCCUCACAAAGCUGAAGCUCUCCAUCUACAACCGCUGGGCGCUCCGAGGCGUCUUCCUCAUCGGCCUAGUUGCCACCGUCAGCGCCAUCGUCAAAAUCACCAAGCUCCCUGCCCUGAUGAAAACGACCGACCCGACAUGGGACGGCAUCUCGCUCAGCAUCUGGGUCAACGUCGAAAUGAACUGCGGACUCUGGGCCGCCAGCCUACCCCCCCUCAAAGCGACCUUCGAAGGCAUCCUCACGCGCUACUUCGGCGUCUCCCUGCGCGGCACGGGCUCCUCCCGCUACGGCACCUCGAACCAGCGCUACGGCAACACCUACGCCUCCCGCCGCUCGCGGGCGCAAUCGCGGCUGCCCGACGACGACGUCUUCGACGGCAGCUUCGGCGGCGGCGGGGAGGUGGAAGCCAAGACGAUGGGUGCCAAGGCGUAUGCGCUGGAUGUGGUGCGCAAGAAGAAUGGGAGCGAGGACGGGAUUAGUGUCGAGUCGGAUCAGCGGCAGAUACUGAAGAAUGGCGGGGAGAUUGGGCAGGGGGGGCAGUUUGGCGGUGGUGCGGGAGCAGUAGGAGGAGGAGGGGGCCAUUUUCAGAUUACGAAGACGGUGGAUUAUACCGUCAGUGAGGAGCAGGCGGCGAGGGAGCCGCCGAGCAGGCAGUAA